AUGGGGGAUGAGAUCGAAGCGAUUGAAGCGAUUGAACGAUUGCGCGAGGCGCGACGGGCGACGCGCGCGGCGAGUGGGUCGAGGGAGGGCGACGGGCGAGCGAUGGAACGCGCGGCGCGCGUCGAGGUGGAGGACGUGGACGAGGAGGGGGGAAGCGCGCGGGUGAAGACGCGCGUGAAGGCGCCGUUGAAGUCGUACGGCGCGCCGAAGGAAUUCUUAGAGGAGGGCCCGCUCGACGCCGAGGAGGAUGAAGACUUGGAGAGCGAUGAAGCGCUUGGAUUCGGAAAGUCGAAAAAAGUGAUCGAUCGAGAGAGUGCGUACAGUAAACGACGGUUCAAGCGCGAGCUCAGUCCUGGGAAGGGGUCGGAGAAGGAUGCGGGCGAGGGUCGAAGCUACGCCGAGCGCAUGCAACACGCGGCGAUCGAUCGAGAGCGAGAUAACACGCUGCGAAACAUUGAAAAGAAACAAAAAGAAGAAGCGGAACGUUUGGCGGAGGAGGCGCGACUCGCUGCGGCGCGAACGAGCGAACCCGCGGCGUCGGACGCUCCAAGGGCGGCGAAACGUAAGCGUCGCUGGGACGCCAAGCCAGACGAUAGCGCGGCUGGACCGGCGCCGGCCGCGCCUCGCGUGAGCGAGUGGGAGAGCGACGAUAGUGCGGCGACAGGUGCGCGUUGGGACGACGCCACGCCGCGCGGACCGUCCAAGUGGGAUGAGACCCCCAAGCACACGUCGCAGUGGGAGACCAUGGAGAGCGGCACCAACGCGGGCGACGCGAAGGCAACGCCUCGACGCUCGCGGAGCCGGUGGGACGAGACGCCGAUGGUUCGAGCCAGCGGAGACCCGAGCGCAACGCCGGCGUGGACCGGUGGAGAGACUCCGGUCAUUCACGCGGGUGGUGAGACGCCUAAGACUGUUCCCGGUUUGGCCACGCCGUCUGCAGCGCAGAUCGCGGCGCAUCAGGCAAUGUUGCAGGGUAACGUCCCCAUGACUCCCGAGCAAUAUCAGCAAAUGCGCUGGCAGCGCGAGAUCGAAGAGAGGAACCGCCCGCAGACUGAUGAGGAACUCGACGAGCUGUUGCCUUCGGAGGGCUACAAGAUUCUCGAACCGCCCGCGAGCUACGUUCCCAUUCGUACUCCGGCGCGAAAGCUGACGCAGACGCCGAUGCCGUACGGGGCAAACGCCGGUUUCUUCUCCAUUCCGGAGGAGGAUCGCGGGCAAAAGUUUGACGUCAGUCUCGCGCCGGAGGGAUUGCCCGAGAUGAAACCCGAAGACGUGCAAUACUUCGCGCCUUUGUUAAAGGAGACGGACGAGGAGGCUCUGACCAUCGAGGAACAGAAGGAGCGCAAAAUCAUGCGAUUGUUACUUAGAGUGAAGAAUGGCACGCCACAGCAGCGUAAGUCGGCGUUGCGACAAAUCACUGACCGGGCGAAAGAGCUCGGCGCCGGGCCUCUCUUCAAUCAAAUCUUGCCUCUUCUCAUGUCUCCGACUUUGGAGGAUCAAGAGCGUCACUUGCUUGUCAAAGUGAUUGAUCGCAUCUUGUACAAGCUCGACGACUUGGUGCGACCGUACGUGCACAAGAUUCUCGUCGUGAUUGAGCCCUUGCUCAUCGAUGAGGACUAUUACGCUCGCGUCGAAGGGCGCGAAAUUAUCAGUAACGUCGCCAAGGCGGCGGGCCUCGCGACGAUGAUUGCCGCGAUGCGUCCAGACAUCGACAACGUGGAUGAGUACGUGCGAAACACCACGGCGAGAGCUUUUGCCGUGGUCGCCCAGGCGCUUGGUGUUCAGUCUCUGCUUCCAUUUUUGAAGGCGGUGUGUCACAGUAAGAAGAGCUGGCAAGCUCGUCACACUGGUAUCAAAAUCGUUCAGCAAAUUUCCAUCCUUCUUGGAUGCGCCGUGCUCCCGCACCUCAAAUCGUUAGUCGAUAUCAUCGAACACGGAUUGAGCGAUGAGAACCAAAAAGUGCGCACCAUUACGGCACUUUCGAUCGCCGCGCUCGCAGAAGCCGCUACCCCGUACGGUAUCGAGUCUUUCGACAAUGUCCUCAAGCCGCUAUGGAAAGGCGUUCGUGCCCAUCGUGGCAAGGUUUUGGCGGCUUUCCUCAAGGCGAUUGGUUUCAUCAUCCCGCUCAUGGACGCAAUGUAUGCCAAUUACUACACUCGCGAAGUGAUGGUGAUUCUGAUUCGAGAGUUCGCCACGGCGGAUGAAGAGAUGAAGAAGAUCACACUCAAGGUGGUUAAGCAGUGCGUUGCCACAGAUGGAGUCGAACCCGAGUACAUUCGUAACGAGGUCAUGCCCGAGUUCUUCAAACAUUUUUGGGUGCGCCGCAUGGCGCUCGACCGACGCAACUACCAGCAACUCGUGGAGACAACGUUAGAAAUCGCGUUAAAGGUUGGCGCCGCGGAGAUCAUCGGCAGAAUCGUCGAAGAUUUGAAAGAUGAAUCCGAGCCUUAUCGUCGAAUGGUGAUGGAGACUAUCACAAAGGUGAUCGAGGAGCUCGGCGUCACCGCGGUGGACACGCGUAUGGAAGAGCUUCUAAUCGACGGCAUGCUCUACGCUUUCCAAGAGCAAACCACGGACGAGGGUGACAUCAUGCUCAAGGGCGUCGCUACGAUAGUCAACGCUCUCGGACUUCGCGCCAAGCCGUACUUACCACAGAUUUGUGGGACGAUCAAGUGGCGCAUGAACAACAAGAGUCCAGAAAUUCGCGAGCAAGCGGCCGAUUUGAUCAGCGCCAUCGCUCCCGUCAUGCGAAAAUGCGAGGAAGAGCAACUGCUCGGGCACUUGGGCGUGGUCUUGUACGAAUACUUAGGUGAAGAGUACCCAGAAGUCCUCGGUUCCAUCUUGGGUGCCCUGAAGGCAAUCGUGAGCGUUCAAGGCAUGACGCGAAUGACGCCUCCUAUCAAGGAUCUCUUGCCUCGCUUGACACCAAUUUUGAAGAAUAGGCACGAAAAGGUGCAAGAGAACACCAUUGACUUGAUCGGACGCAUCGCUGAUCGCGGUGCCGAGUACGUCGCGGCACGCGAAUGGAUGCGAAUUUGCUUCGAGCUUCUUGAGUUGCUGAAGGCGCCGAAGAAGGCGAUUCGUCGCGCGACGGUGAACACCUUUGGUUACAUCGCCAAGGCCAUCGGCCCGCAAGAUGUGCUCGCUACGCUACUGAACAACCUGAAGGUGCAAGAGCGUCAGAUGCGCGUUUGUACAACUGUGGCCAUCGCCAUCGUCGCAGAGACGUGUGCGCCAUUCACCGUUCUUCCUGCGUUGAUGAACGAAUACCGCGUCCCAGAGAUCAACGUGCAAAACGGUGUUUUGAAAUCGUUGGCCUUCUUGUUUGAGUAUAUCGGAGAGAUGGGCAAGGAUUACAUCUACGCGAUCACUCCGUUGCUCGAGGACGCGCUCAUGGAUAGAGACUUGGUACAUCGUCAAACAGCUGCGGUUACGGUGAAACACCUCGCUUUGGGAUGCGCGGGAUUAGGAUGCGAGGACGCGGUGACGCACUUGAUCAACUACACUUGGCCGAACGUGUUCGAGCCCUCGCCGCACGUUAUUAACGCGGUGACGGAGGCAAUCGAAGCCGCGCGAGUCGCGCUCGGCCCUCAGUUCGUCCUCGCGUACACGUUGCAGGGAUUGUUCCAUCCCGCUCGAAAGGUCCGAGACAUUUACUGGAGAAUUUACAACAACCUGUAUAUCGGCUCAGAGGACGCUCUCGUUCCAGCGUACCCAGCGCUCGAGGACGAUGGUCCGAACACUUAUCGACGUGUAGAGCUCGAUUGCUUCAUUUAG